AUGAUAGCGAAAAUAUUUUUUGUAUUUUUAAUCUCUAAAUUGAUUAAUGGUUUGCGUAUUCCCGAACCACCUGUUUUUGACGUACAACAGCAUUAUCCAUGUCUUUGCUAUUUACCUCCAGAUUCCGGUUUAUGCCCUUCUUUACAUAUGCAGCAAAAUGAUCAAUUUGAUGAUAGAAUCGAACAUCUAAUCACUCGCUAUUAUUUUGAUAUGGCGACUGAACAGUGUUAUCCAUUUGGUACGCAAUCAUGUGGUGGAAAUGCUAACCGCUUCGAGACAUUAUCUGAUUGUCAAUUGUAUUGUAAGCAACGAAAACGAUGA